UCCACCUAGUCCUUACAGCUCUAGCAGUGAAGUCUCCUAGAGGUCCCUUUCCACCAAUCUUCUUUUUAAGGAAGCAUGGGGUUUGUGAGUGUGUGUGUGUGUGUGUGUGUGUGUGUGUGUGUGUUUUGUUUUAACACUCCCUCCCCAAACCUUGGAUUCAGGACUGUACCGUAUUGCUCACUUCCUGGCUUCACAUCUUUUGCAUCUUUGAGGUGGGGUAUCAGUGGACUCUAGCUUUGGGGAUGCAGGCUCCACUACGAUGCACGGUCUGCCUCGGUGGGUGAAGCUUCCUAAGUGGUUAGGUAUUGCUGUGUGUGGUGAGGACCGCUUAGCUUUUCUUUCUAGAUCUGGGUCGGUGGAAUGCGAGCUCCCAUGCUUUCAGUUGUUGGUGCUCUUCUGUUGGGACAGUUGAAGCACUUCUAAACAGCUGUAUCUCGGUUCCGGGACUGUCAUCCCUCUUAGGAUUAGCUUUCUGUUCUUUUGGCUAGGGGCUUCCUCACCGUCUCCCUUCCCCGGUCAUCACCUGGACUGCCAUCUCUCUGUAUUUCCAUUCUCAUCUGCCCAGCCUAUGUGGAUAUGUGAUCUUUUAUAAUUGAAAUCCACUGGGUGAAAGCGUUUCAGAGGUAGAAUGGUCCAUCUCACCCAACUGGCACCCUGUAGGACUGCUAGCUCUCCUCACCGGAGUCUUCUGCUGUGUAAGGGGUAGCCUUUCUCCCUGCAGUUGUGUUGUCUUUGUCGGGUAGGUGUUGUCACCUGCCAGGUAAAGUCCCUGCCUUCUUUGCUAUUGGCAUCAUCCCCUUUCUUGCGUUUGAGAUGGCCACACCACCUAUGUACCCAGUGUGAGGCUAGGAUACUCUUGGGUGUGGGUGCCCCUGGCUAGUGUGACUCCUCCUUUGUGGUUUUUCUGUGAAGUUAUGGUUUCUUGUUCUGUGUCUGAGACCUGGGUGAGAGACCACUGUGGUCACUUUGCUUGGGACUAAAGAGCAUAAGGGGUGACUUUUCAAGGUGUCAGUUUCUCCUUACCUUGGUUUUUGGGCCUCUCUAGGGGAAACAGUUACUUCUAAGCAGGGUCUACUUUAUUUACCUCAGAGAAUCUUCCUGUGGCAGUGCCAGCAUCCUCUCCACUAGGUUCAAGUUCCACUUUGAGUGCUGCUUGCCACCAUCCCUGGCUUCAGUGUGAGCCCUCUUAGCCCUGUGCUAUGCUCCAAGAUGCUUCUGUGGUCACUUAGCAGUACCAGGCUUCAAAAUUAAGGUUGUACCCCUUCAUCAGGUCUCUGAAUGAUGGCUUGGCACCUGUGGUGAGAAGUUCUAUAGAUUGUUCUGUUGUUGGCUCCUAUUUUGAGUACUUGAUUUGAGGAUUUGCUACAGCUGUGGACAGAUGAUCCUAAUGAUUUUGCUUCCACAGACGCCCAGCUUCCUCCAUGCUGUUUGAGACCCUUCACCAUCUAUACAUGUAUUCUGUGUGAAGGUGUUUGCUUACCUCACAAGGGCCCUGUAGUGAUGGCCUCCUCGAGCAGGACCUGGGAAGUGGGAUGGGCAGUCUUCUGUGGUGGCACCUCUACUUUGAGGCUCUAGCACUUGCCUCUGUUUGCAGAACUUGUGCAGUCUAUGCACCUUCUCCUUGUGAAGUGGGGCUUGGUUUUGUUUUGUUGUAUGUGGAGAGAAGGUAUUGCCUCCACUCUGGCUGUGGCUCCAGCCUCUAAAACACAAAGUCCUGGCUCUGUGGGCCUUGUUCUACUCAGGAGCCUUUUGCCAGUCACACAUUGUCUUCUUUAAUCACAGCUGUGCCCGUAUUGAUGGCUGAAGUAUUACAUCUGCUUGGUUUUUUUAAUUUUUAAAUUUAUUUUUAGUCUACAUGCACUUUGCCUGCACACAUGUAAGUACACUGUAUAUGUGCUGUACCCGAGAAGGCUAUUUUGUCCCCUGGGGCUGGAGUUAUAGACAGACAGUUGUGAGUUGCUAAAUCUUGUUUUUUGUAUGUUCAUGUGUCCCUUGGCAGAUAUGUGGGGGUCAGAGAAACACUUUGAGAAGUUAUUCUUGUUUUCACUAUUUGGCACCCAGGGAUUGAAUCAAGACCACCAGACUUCAUAGCAACCACCUUUACCUACUCAGCUGUCUCACUGGCCCUUAAUUAUUUUUUAUUACAUUUAUUUAUUUAUUUAUUGAGUCUAUGUAGUUCUGGAUGGCCUGGAACUCACUAUGUAGACCAAGCUAGCUAGAGGUCUGUCUGCCUCCACCUCCCAAGUGCUGGGAUUAAACGUGCUGGACCAACAUACAUUUAUUUGUUUACUUGUUUAUUAGAGUGUUAAGAAAAAGAGAGAGAGAGUGUGUCUACUCAGGUGCUUUUGCCCAUGUAUACACAUGCCAGGAGCAUACAUGUGGAUUGUAGAGGCCACCUGUUGAGAGUUGGUUUUACACGGUUUACCAUGUAAAUCCUGGACAUUGAAUUUUGUCAGGCUUGAUGGCAAGAAAAUAUGCUGAACCUACUCACUGGCCCUUUGUUGCCCCUGUUUUUGGGUGCCUUGCUUCUGGUCCCUUUAGAACUUCUGUCAUUUGUUGUUGUUGUUGUUGUUGUUGUUGCUGUGGCUUAUUGCUCUUGCUGCAAGCCUGUGUCACCGCUUCCUCUGUGUUGCAGUCCCAGCCACUUUGUGGAGCGUGGAUAAGGCCUCACCUUACUUAAGGUGGCAGUGCCUGCCCAGAACCCUCCUACAGGCUCUUGGGACAAAGUGAGCAGUGUAAUAAGCUCUUGUUUAACAUUCUUUCCUUCCCUGCUAUAAAAAGAGGCUUCUCUGUGCUGAUGGAUAUUAGAGCCAAGACUCUAGAGUCAAGAUCCUGAAUACCUCCUGCAGGGUCCCUAGAUCAGGGGUACUUAGUCUACUUCAGUCUCCUCUAUGGGGCUCUUUGCUGAGUUCUUUUGAUGGUUGCUUCAUCUUCCUGGAAAUUGCCUGCUGUAUGGUGUGUCAGCUAAUCCUCUGUUGAGAGUGCUGUGUGCGUGCUCUCUCUUUUUGAUAGAUCCUAAAGAUAUUUAAGUCCCCACAGUUUGAGGUGCCACCCAUAGCUACCUCCCCACAAAGUGGGACCCUACAGAGUUAAUUUUUUAAAUCCCUUUUCAGAGAAGGCACUAGCCCCAUCCACUGUAGGUAGGCCUCUUUUUCUGAAUCUGCUCCCUAAUGCAGUAUCCCAUGCUAUGAUUAGUAUAAGUGAAAAUACUGAGCCAAGCAUGGCAGUACACUCUUGUAACCUCAGCGUUUGGGAGGACAAAGUAAGAAUGUGAGUUUAAAAGUCAUCCUGAGUUAUAUACUGAGAUCCUAUUUAGGAAAAGGAAAGAUUUUAUUUUUUUUCCUGCUGUGCUGGUGCAUGCGGUGGCUGGCUGAAACAUUUUCCAGCUAGCACCUCUGUUAAGACUGUUGUGGAGGGGUUGGGGAUUUAGCUCAGUGGUAGAGCGCUUGCCUAGCAAGCCCAAGGCCCUGGGUUCGGUCCUCAGCUCCAGAAAAAAAAAAAAAAAAAAAAGACUGUUGUGGAUAGUCCAGGUCCCUUGAUGUUAAGGACCCUCAAUCUGGCUACCCUCCAGGUUGAAACCCUUGGUUCUGGUAGUGGAGCUGCCUUUAUAGUUAGGAGCUAUAUUGGGGCACUCUUGCCUUGUAUCAGCCUAGUUCUGAGAGCCUUGCUUGAUAUUGCACCCAUGGGGGAGAAGGUUACAUACAACUUGUGCUAGGAACUCAUAAACCCUCUUAGGGUCUUCCUCUCCAGGAUGCCCUGUUUCGGGGUCAACUUUUGUAGUGUGGAUUUCCCUGCCAACCGACCUCCUCUCCUCAGUCCUUUGUCCUCAGGCCCUUCUGAAUUAAACUCUGCUUCCUUCAGAAUAAAAAUAGGUGUCUUUGACCUCCCUGAUGGGUUCAUGUUUCUGAGUCUAAAUUGCCAGUCUAUCUGAUGUGGAACUCCUCCAUGUGUGCAGAUCUGUUCACUCAUAGCUAAGGUUCUUCUCUUUAUCUUUUUGAGAUUUCUAUCUUCUCAUCGCCCUCCUUGAGUGCUGCUUCCUGCUUCCAAGUUUCUAUAGCCAUUUUUAGUGUCGGGCUUCUGCUGUGGAAUAAAUUUCUCGAAAGUGUAAGACCCUCUUGUUUGAUAUCCUGCCUUGUCCUGUAUGAAUGGGCCUUGAUCUUCAUAUCUCUCUUCCCCUUCAGCUCACACCUCUUAGCCUUUCCAGGAGCUGCCAGCCUCAUGUAUUCUGUGACUUACCUAGAGUGGCCUCUCUCAGUCACCUCUGCUCUCAGCCCCUCAGUUUAGAAAGUACCAUUUCUAGGGCUAAUGCUUCCAUCCCAGCAGUCUACCUGUGUGCUGCUUGUGCUCUAGUGUCAUCUAGAGUGCAGAUAUUCUGUAUUUUAGAAAAUUUCUACUUCCUAAGUCAAGAGGCCCACCAAUAAGAUAUACUGUUCUUUGUUUCAACAGUUUCCCAGAUUGUACAGUCUGCCAGCUGAAAGAAUGCAAGAAUAGGCCAGAUCUCCCUUAUUCGAUAGGAAACGUAGCUGGGGAUGUAGCUAGAUGAAAGAGUGCUUGUAUGUGUAAGGCCUAAGCUCUGUCAGGUGAGGGAAGAGCAAGUUAGUGUCUCUUCCUUCUACUCUCCUACUACCCCUGAUUCCUAUCCACAUUCAUGACUUGAGUUUGCACCAGCCCAGGAAUGGAUGUUAAGUCUAUCCCAAUUGUUCCCAGCAGCGGCCAUUUUCAAGAGAGUAUGAAGAGAGUGCGUCUGUAGGGCAGGGAAGAUGGCGGACAAGCGCAAACUCCAAGGUGAGAUUGAUCGCUGCCUCAAGAAGGUGUCCGAAGGGGUGGAGCAGUUUGAAGAUAUUUGGCAAAAGCUCCACAAUGCAGCCAACGCGAACCAGAAAGAAAAGUAUGAGGCUGACCUAAAGAAGGAGAUUAAGAAGCUACAACGGCUGAGGGACCAGAUCAAGACAUGGGUAGCAUCAAAUGAGAUCAAGGACAAAAGGCAGCUUAUUGAAAACCGCAAGCUCAUUGAGACGCAAAUGGAACGGUUCAAAGUUGUGGAACGAGAGACCAAAACCAAAGCGUAUAGCAAGGAGGGUCUGGGUCUGGCUCAGAAGGUGGAUCCUGCCCAGAAGGAGAAGGAAGAAGUUGGCCAGUGGCUCACGAACACCAUUGACACCUUAAAUAUGCAGGUGGACCAGUUUGAGAGUGAAGUGGAGUCACUGUCGGUACAGACACGCAAGAAGAAAGGCGACAAGGAUCAGAAGCAGGACCGGAUUGAGGGCUUGAAGCGGCAUAUCGAGAAGCACCGCUACCAUGUUCGUAUGCUGGAGACCAUCCUGCGAAUGCUGGACAAUGACUCCAUCCUGGUUGAUGCCAUCCGCAAGAUCAAGGAUGAUGUGGAGUACUACGUUGACUCAUCCCAGGACCCCGACUUUGAAGAGAACGAAUUCCUCUAUGACGACCUGGACCUCGAGGACAUUCCACAGGCGCUGGUCGCCACCUCCCCCCCCAGCCACAGCCACAUGGAGGACGAGAUCUUCAACCAGUCUAGCAGUACACCCACCUCAACAACCUCCAGCUCUCCCAUCCCACCCAGCCCAGCAAACUGCACUACGGAAAACUCUGAAGAUGAUAAGAAGAGAGGCCGAUCUACAGAUAGUGAAGUCAGCCAGUCUCCAGCCAAAAAUGGCUCCAAGCCUGUCCACAGCAACCAGCACCCCCAGUCCCCAGCUGUGCCGCCCACCUACCCCUCUGGCCCCCCACCUACCACUUCUGCCUUGAGCUCCACCCCUGGCAACAAUGGGGCCUCUACCCCAGCAGCACCUACAAGUGCCCUGGGCCCUAAGGCCAGUCCAGCUCCCAGCCACAACUCGGGUACUCCUGCACCCUAUGCCCAGGCUGUGGCCCCACCUAAUGCCAGCGGGCCCAGCAAUGCCCAGCCACGGCCCCCCAGUGCCCAGCCAAGCGGGGGAAGUGGUGGUGGCAGCGGAGGGAGCAGCAGCAAUAGUAACAGUGGCACAGGCGGAGGGGCUGGCAAGCAGAACGGUGCCACAAGCUAUAGUUCGGUUGUGGCAGACAGCCCUGCAGAGGUGACCCUGAGUAGCAGUGGGGGCAGCAGUGCCAGCAGCCAAGCCCUUGGGCCCACUUCGGGCCCUCACAACCCAGCUCCCAGCACCUCAAAGGAAUCCAGUACGGCAGCCCCAUCAGGGGCUGGGAAUGUGGCUUCAGGCUCAGGGAAUAACUCGGGGGGACCCAGCCUCUUGGUGCCACUGCCUGUAAAUCCCCCCAGUUCUCCAACGCCCAGCUUCAGUGAAGCCAAGGCAGCUGGUACCCUGCUUAAUGGUCCUCCACAGUUCAGCACCACCCCAGAAAUCAAGGCCCCUGAACCACUCAGCUCUCUGAAAUCCAUGGCAGAACGGGCAGCUAUCAGCUCUGGUAUUGAGGACCCUGUGCCAACGUUACACCUAACUGAUCGAGACAUCAUCCUGAGCAGCACAUCAGCACCACCCACCUCAUCCCAGCCACCCCUGCAGCUGUCAGAGGUGAACAUACCAUUGUCACUGGGUGUCUGUCCACUGGGGCCAGUUUCCCUCACCAAGGAGCAGCUAUACCAACAGGCCAUGGAAGAGGCCGCCUGGCACCACAUGCCCCACCCCUCUGACUCCGAGCGCAUUCGGCAGUACCUCCCCCGGAACCCUUGCCCGACACCCCCCUACCACCACCAGAUGCCACCCCCACACUCGGACACUGUGGAGUUCUACCAGCGCCUGUCAACUGAGACGCUCUUCUUCAUCUUCUACUAUCUGGAGGGAACCAAGGCACAGUACUUGGCAGCCAAGGCCCUAAAGAAGCAGUCCUGGCGAUUCCACACCAAGUAUAUGAUGUGGUUCCAGAGGCACGAGGAGCCUAAGACCAUCACAGAUGAGUUUGAGCAGGGCACCUACAUCUACUUUGACUACGAGAAGUGGGGCCAGCGGAAGAAGGAAGGCUUCACCUUUGAGUACCGCUACCUGGAGGACCGGGACCUCCAGUGACACCGGCCCCCCUCUACCCUCUCCCUCCCUCGCAUGCUGAUCCCCCUGCCCAGGUGAGGGCCCUGCCCUGGAAGACUGGGGGAGGCCCAAGGCCAUGGGACACCCUCCCCCCCAGGAAGCAGGGAAGGGAUAGGGAGGUUUUCUCUUCCUCUCUGCCCUACCCUGGGGGCCUGGGGGCAAGGGCUGCCCCCUCCUCCCCUCCCCAGUGAGGGACAUUUUUUGGUAAACCUAUUUUCAUUUUGGAAAAUAUUUAUGAAUAAAUAGUUUUAUAUGACGGCUGGCA